GUAAAAAUAAAAAAGGAGAGACUUGAAGUGGCUCCUCUCUAGCUCAGCAAAUAUCCCCUAGAUGGUGCUCCAAAACGUAAACAAGAUUUUGCCUUCUAAUGGAAUGCAACUCCAUAACCUAAAUCGGGUGAGGUUUGACCUUUAAACUGUUCUUAAUGAGCCUGAUUUUAAUAUGUGUUUAUAUAGAUGUCUAAUGAGAUAGUCGCAUCAGCAUAACAUAGACUGAUGGUUUUGUAAAUCUACUGUGUUGGAACAUAUUUCCUUAUCUCUUGCUUAGGGCGGGGAUGAUAUGUCGGACAGCGAGAAUUUCGAUGAAAACGACUUUUUACUUAACUCUUCAGACGCCGAAAUACGCCGAUCUGUCAAGAGGAGAAUGGGAUUUUUCAAAAAAUGUUGCUACCUUCUGAGCUGUGGGUAAGUACCGAAAGCAAUAUGGCCGUAGUCAUUAUGACACAAUGCGUCGUCUCUGUAUUGUAUAGCAAAUUUCCGUAAAAUUUUCAAUAUUGCAAUGACGUCUUCAUCACUCUGUUUGGUAGAAUUAUCAUCCUCAUCGACCACUUUAGCCAAAGAAGACAUACCUCUUAUAAAUAAAAGACCCCAUCAAGGACCUUUUUUGAGAUGCUGUCAUUGGUUAUGGAAAUCAUGUUGUUGCAUGGAAAAAGAACUCAGAGCAAGAACUAUUACAAUUGGAAGGCCUUGCGCAGAAAAAUAUCCCCCAAAUGUUAUUCGUAAUCAAAAAUACAACAUUAUCACAUUCCUCCCUCUAGUUUUAUUUCAACAAUUUAGAUUUUUUCUAAAUCUUUAUUUCUUAGUUUUGGCAUGUAGUCAGUUUCUUCCUGAUUUACGGCUUGGUUAUCUCUAUACGUACUGGGGUCCACUUGGUUUUGUCUUGACUGUAACCAUCAUUCGAGAAGCGAUUGAUGACUUACGACGUCACCAAAGAGAUAAAGAAGUCAAUUCCCAAAGGUAUUCAAGGCUGAGCCGUGGGAAAGAUGGUAUCGUGUUUGUUGAAAGUAUACCCUCUUCAAAACUCCGUGUUGGUGAUUUGGUUUUUAUUGAGAAAGAUCAAAGGGUACCUGCAGAUUUGGUCCUUCUAAGAACUACAGAAAAAUCAGGAACCUGUUUUAUAAGAACAGAUCAACUUGAUGGAGAAACUGAUUGGAAAUUACGAUUGGCGAUACCUCAUACUCAAAAACUUGAUUCUGAAAACAAAUUGUUUGAAAUCCAUGGUGAAAUAUUUGCAGAAAAGCCUCAAAGAGAUAUUCAUUCCUUUAUUGGCACAUUUACUAAGAAUGAUGAAAUUGAAGGGCUCGCUAUCGACAAUACACUGUGGGCUAAUACUGUUCUGGCUUCCGGUUCUGCUCUUGGAGCUGUCGUUUACACCGGACGGGAAACGAGGAGCGUAAUGAACAACUCUCAGCCAAGGUCAAAAACUGGACUUCUGGAUGUCGAAAUCAACCAACUCACAAAGGUUUUGUUUUGUGCCGUAGUAGGCUUAGCUCUUGUGAUGAUGUGUCUAAAAGGUUUCCGUGGACCAUGGUAUAAAUAUUUAUUGAGAUUUGUGCUUUUAUUUUCGUACAUUAUUCCUCUCAGCUUAAGAGUGAAUUUGGAUAUGGGUAAAGCAUUCUAUUCCUGGCAAAUGCAGAAGGACAAAGAAAUGCCCGAUACAGUCGUACGAUGCACCACAAUACCUGAGGAGCUUGGUCGAAUUGCUUAUUUAUUAUCGGAUAAAACAGGAACGCUUACGCAAAAUUGUAUGGUUUUUAAGAAGCUUCAUUUGGGAUCUGUUGUUUAUUCACAGGAUACUUUCGAUCAUAUCAGAGAGGAACUACUCGAGAGUUUCAAUAGUCCAGCCGAAACUCCGACGGGGAAGCCGAGUAUUGCCAAAGUUCGAAAAUCUGAUAGGACGCGGCUUAAGGAGGCUGUAAAAGCCAUCGCAUUGUGUCAUAAUGUUACACCAGUUUACGAGUCUGAUUUUGACGAGCCUGGUAGUCCUUUGGAAUCUCAAUCGGAAGUUGAUCAGCACUAUUGGGGAAGAGAAAAUGGGAUACAGUACCAAGCUUCAAGCCCAGAUGAGAUUGCUCUUGUCCGUUGGACUGAAGAGGUCGGACUUGGCCUCACUAAGAGAGAUAACAAUUCUAUGCAGUUGAGGACGCCAAUCACAACCUUCAUCGAUUAUGCUAUCCUUCAGAUAUUUCCAUUUACUUCCGAAUCUAAGAGGAUGGGAAUUAUUGUCAAGGAAAUGUCAACUGGUGAAAUAACAUUUUACCUCAAAGGGGCUGAUGUCGUGAUGUCAAACAUAGUGAUGUUUGCUGAUUGGCUGGAAGAAGCAGUCGGCAAUAUGGCUCGAGAAGGCCAGAGAACCCUCGUGGUCGCUAAAAAGAGUCUUUCAGAGGAGGUGUACCAAGAUUUUGAGUAUAAAUACUCCAUUGCGAAGCAGUCAACUACUGACAGACAGUCAGCGAUGGCAUCCGUAUUGGCUAGUCUUGAAAGAGACUUGGAAUUGGUCUGUGUGACAGGAGUGGAAGACAGGCUUCAAGAAAAUGUCAGCGUGACGCUCGAAACUUUGCAUAAUGCAGGUGUAAAGAUAUGGAUGUUGACAGGAGACAAAUUGGAAACAGCUAUGUGUAUCGCCAAGUCUAGUAAAUUGGUAUCUAGGGAACAAGAUUUGUUUGUUUUUGAUAAAAUCGAGUCUAGAGCAGAUGCCCACGCACAGCUCAAUUCGGCGUGGAAGAAACAAGACUGUGCACUGUUUCUUACGGGUGCUUCAUUAGAGGGAGUUUUGAAGUAUUACCAAAGUGAAUUUAUGGAUUUAGCUUGUAGAAGUACAACUGUUGUAUGCUGCCGAUGUUCACCUACACAAAAAGCAGAGGUGGUAAAAUUAAUCCAAGAACAUACUGGAAAGCGCUGUGCUGCAGUUGGAGAUGGAGGUAACGAUGUUAGCAUGAUACAGGCUGCUGAUACAGGUAUCGGAAUUGCUGGUAAAGAAGGUAAACAGGCAUCCCUGGCUGCUGAUUUUUCUAUAACCCAAUUCUCCCACCUCCAGAGAUUAUUAUUAGUACAUGGUAGAUAUUCCUACAAGAGAUCAGCAUCACUGUCGCAGUUCGUUAUUCAUAGAGGCCUCAUUAUUUCUACGAUGCAGGCUAUUUUUGCUGCCGUUUUCUACUUCUCUUCUGUUGCACUCUUCCCCGGGUUCUUUAUGGUCGGGUAUGCCACUGUAUAUACGAUGUUUCCUGUAUUCUCACUAGUUUUAGACCAAGACGUUUCAGAUGAUAUCGCUUUAAAAUAUCCAGAACUAUAUAAAGAGCUUAAAAAAGGAAGAUCACUUUCUUUUAAAACUUUUUUUAUGUGGGUUUUAAUUAGUAUUAUCCAAGCUGGAGUAAUUAUGUAUGGAGCUUUAGUUUUGUUCGACGACGAGUUUAUACACAUUGUAGCAAUUAGUUUUACUGCACUCAUUUUAACCGAACUUAUAAUGGUCGCACUAACGGUCAGGACUUGGCACUACAUAAUAUUACUCGCAGAACUUCUCUCCUUCGGCCUUUACAUCGCAUCACUUUUCUUACUCAGUGACUAUUUCGAUCCAACGUUUUUGUGGACAGCAGAUUUCGUUUGGAAAGUAACAGCUAUUACUCUUCUUAGCUGCCUUCCACUUACCAUUGUCAAGUGUCUGAUGAAGAAGUGUUCUCCACCAAGCUAUGCAAAACUCUCGUGAAUUGUUUUGUUGUUUUUUUUUUAAAAAAACUAUAUUUCCAUGAAAAAACAAAAACAAAUAUUUUUCCAAUUUAUAAACAUGGCUUCUUUUUUCAUUGUGAUAUGUUAUUGACCAUGAAGGUGCUUCAUUUUAAAUGUAAUUUAACCCUCUCCUAUUAUUAAAUAAUAAUAUAUUUUAUUUAUUAUAAUUAUAAUGGUUUAAUUACCUGUAGUAUUAUUAUUUUAAAAAUAUAUAUCUUUUUUAUUUUAUAUAAAACAUUAAAAAGAUAAAUUGUUA